AUGAAGACUUUCGCCCAGUUGACCCUCGCGGUCACACUCGCCGCGACUGUCACCGCCUCGUCCCACCACCACGGCCACCGUCACUUGCACGCGAAGAAGGAUGCCGCCAAGGUUGACAAGCGCGACGCCGAUGUCGUGACCCACGUCGUUGCUGGUCCUACUGAAACCGUCUACCAGCUCGGCGGCAAGGUCGUGAACGCUGAUGAGGCUAAGAAGGGUCUUGACAAAGGCGAGUACGUAGUCGUCGGCGAGUCUACCCCGACUUACACUCCUCCGGCCCCGUCCACCAGCAAGGACCUCGGCGCCCAAUUCCUCGAGUCCAAGUCUGCCACGAUCACGACCACACCGCCUCCUCCCCCUCCGACUACCACAUCAACCCCGCCACCUCCUCCGCCAAGCUCCACUGCUCAAGCUCCUGUCGCCAACUCUGCCGCCAGCAGCGAUGCCGACGAGAGCAGCAGCAGCUCGGGUGGCGAGGAUGUCGAUUUUCCCAGCGGCAAAGUCAAAUGCACCGAGUUUCCUUCUAAGUAUGGCGCAGUCCCUAUUCCUUGGAUGGGACUUGGUGGGUGGGUAGGUGCUCAGAAGGUCGCCAAUUACCCCAAUGCGCUGAGCUUCGACAACAUCGUUGAGGCCGUUGCUGGCCAGGGCUGCAGUUCGAGUGACAUGUGCUCAUACGCUUGCAAGCCUGGCUACCAAAAGAGUCAAUGGCCCGAAAUCCAAGGCGCUACCGGCCAAUCCGUUGGCGGUCUUUACUGCAACUCCAAUGGCUAUCUCGAGCUCACCCGCCCCAGCGUUAAGCAGCUCUGUACUGCUGGCGAGGGCGGUGUCUUCAUCAAGAACGAUCUCGACGACGAAGUCGCUACAUGUCGUACCAACUACCCGGGCAAUGAAAAUAUGAACAUACCCACCGUUGCCAAGGCCGGCGAAACUGUUCCGCUCACCAACCCCAGCCAGUCUGGAUACUACCAGUGGAAGAAUAUGAAGACCUCGGCUCAGUACUAUAUCAAUCCCAAGGGCGUUGCUGCCAAAGAUGCCUGCAUCUGGAAGAGUCCCAUCUCUCCCAGCGACCGUGGCAACUGGGCUGCCGUUGUUGCUGGUGUCGGUAUGGCUGACGACAAUAUCACUUACAUCUCUCUCUUCUUGAACAAGCCUACCUCUUCUGCCAAGCCCGACUUCAAUAUGGAGAUCAUUGGCGGUAACACCAAAUGUGGUUACCACAACGGCGAAUGGAUUGGUGGCACCGACGGUUGUACCACCGGCCUGGAUAAGGGCCAGACUGCCACCAUCCGCUACUACUAG